AUGAGUGCGGAUGAUUUUCGCGAUUAUAUGCUAGCAUUUUUGUUCCUGCGAUAUCUAUCGGAUAAUUACGAAGCGGCAGCUCAAAAAGAGCUAGGGGUAGACUACCCCAAACAAAAAGAGGGGAAACGUCAACCACCACUGACUCUGUGGUAUGAACAAAAUAAGCAGGACAUUCCUGCGUUUGAGAAGUUAAUGCGCCGUAAAGUGCAUUACGUAAUCGAACCUCAGUACCUUUGGACAAGUAUUGCAGAGAUGGCACGGACUCAACAUGUGAAAUUGCUUAAUACAUUACAGGCAGGCUUUAAGUACAUUGAGGAGGAAUCUUUCGCCAGUGUCUUCAGGGGGUUGUUCUCAGAAAUCAAUCUUGCCUCAGAAAAACUUGGCAAAACAUAUGGUGAGAGAAAUGAUCGCCUUUGUAAGAUAAUCAAAGAAAUUGCUGAUGGGUUGAAGCAGUUCUCUACCGACAGUGACACAUUGGGGGAUGCUUACGAAUAUUUAAUCGGUCAGUUUGCAGCUGGUUCAGGUAAAAAAGCCGGUGAGUUCUACACACCUCAACAUAUUUCAGAUAUCUUAUCUGCCAUUGUUACGCUGGAUAGCCAAGAACCUGCCACUGGGCAACGUUCACACAUAGAUAGCGUGUUUGAUUUUGCCUGUGGAUCAGGUUCAUUGCUCCUGAAUAUUCGCAAGCGCAUGGGACAGCACGGUAUUGGAAAAAUAUACGGUCAAGAAAAAAAUAUCACCACCUACAACCUUGCACGUAUGAAUAUGCUUCUGCAUGGAGUGAAAGAUUCGGAAUUUGAUAUUUUCCACGGAGAUACCCUUCUCAACGAUUGGGAUAUAUUACGCGAGACCAAUCCAUCCAGAAUGCCCAAAUUCGAUGCGGUUGUUGCCAAUCCGCCAUUCAGCUAUCGCUGGGAACCAUCAGAAACAUUAGCUGAUGAUGUGCGCUUCAAAAAUUACGGUCUGGCACCUAAAUCUGCUGCUGACUUCGCCUUCCUUUUACAUGGAUUCCAUUUUUUAAAAGAAGAUGGUGUAAUGGCAAUCAUCCUGCCUCAUGGUGUACUUUUCCGGAGCGGUACUGAAGCACGUAUACGCACGAAAUUGCUGAAGGAUGGGCAUAUUGAUACGAUAAUUGGUCUGCCUGCAAAUCUGUUCUUCUCUACUGGUAUUCCGGUAUGUAUUCUGGUGCUGAAAAAAUGUAAAAAACCUGACGAUGUAUUAUUCAUCAAUGCAGCAGAACACUUUGAUAAGGGUAAACGGCAGAAUCAGAUUUCUUCUGAUCAUAUAAAAAAAAUUAUUGAUACUUACAAGUUCCGCAAAGAGGAACCACGCUACGCACGUCGUGUCAGCAUGGAAGAGAUUGAGAAAAAUGAUUUUAAUUUAAACAUCUCACGCUAUGUAAGUACAGCUGAAGCUGAAGAAGAAAUCAAUCUUACUUCAGUACAUGCAGAGUUGGUUUCUCUGGAUAAUCAGAUAAAAUCAGCAACUCAAAAACAGCACGAAUUUCUAAAAGAGUUAGGUUUACCUCUUUUGCCAUAA